ACGGCGGUCCGACUUGCUGGUCGUGCUGCUGUCGUCGUCCUCCUUUCCUUCCCCUUCCUCCCCUCGUCCUCCCUUCCCUUCUCCAUCCCUCCAGCCCUUCCUCCUCCACCCGGCCUUGCGCCAUUUUGGCUCCUUCCCGUCCCCCCGCCGGCUCCCUGCUUCCCCCUUCGCCUCUGUCCGGGCAGCAGCGGCGACUCGUGCAAACCUCGGUGCAUGCACCCCUGCAGCCCCCGGUGCAGGCCCCCCUGCAACCCCCGGUGCAGGCCCCCCUGCAACCCCCGGUGCAUGCACCCCUGCAACCCCCCGUGCAACCAGCUGCCGGAGCCCAGGACGUGGAGCUGCCCCUCGGAAUGAAUAGUACUGCAGCAAGUCCAAUGUCAACUGUACCCACUUCAAGUAGUGGAAGACCAUCAGGGAAAUCAGCAAGCUUUGUUCCUGAACUGCAGAGCAUGAUGUUUUCUUUAGGAGAUGCACGGAGGCCUCUUCAUGAAACAGCGGUUUUAGUUGAAGAUGUGGUACAUACCCAGCUGAUUAAUUUGUUGCAGCAAGCAGCCGAAGUUUCUCAGCUGAGAGGAUCAAGAGUUAUUUCUGCUGAAGAUCUGCUGUUUCUAAUGCGCAAAGACAAGAAGAAACUCAGAAGACUGCUUAAGUAUAUGUUUUUUCGGGAUUACAAAUCUAAGAUUGUCAAAGGGAUAGAAGAUGAUGAUCUUCUAGAAGAUAAAUUCGGCAGUACUACUACCAACAAACGCCAGAAGCUUGCUCAGGACUUCCUCCAUUCUAUCGACCAGACUGGAGAGCUGUUGGCCAUGUUUGAAGACGAUGAGAUAGAUGAAGUUAAGCAAGAGAGAAUGGAGAGAGCAGAAAGGCAAACUCGAACGAUGGACUCCGCUCAGUAUGCAGAAUUCUGUGAAAGUCGCCAGUUAAGUUUUUCCAAAAAAGCCUCCAAGUUCCGAGACUGGCUGGACUGUAGCAGUAUGGAGAUAAAGCCAAAUGUUGUUGCCAUGGAGAUUUUGGCAUAUCUUGCUUAUGAGACUGUGGCACAGUUGGUGGAUUUGGCUCUUCUUGUCAGGCAGGACAUGACUCCAAAGGCAGGUGACCCCUUCAGUCAUGCUAUUUCUGCCACCUUCAUACAGUAUCAUAAUUCUGCUGAGCCUCAUCUUUUAGGACAGGGUGGAGGGAUGAAGUCAAGCCCUGACUCUCCCGAGAACACCCCUCCUCCAACACCUACGCCUCCAAUAGCUGGGUCACAACAUUUGGGGAAAACCCCCCCAGGACCACUGGGAAAUGGGAGCAUUGGACAAGAUAAAGUCAAGCAAAGAAAAAGGAAAAAGAGUACUGCAGCCUCUGGGAUCGAGGCUCAAAGCGAUGCCAUCCAGCCCAGCCACAUCAGAGAGGCCAUCCGACGCUACGGCCACAAGAUUGGCCCAGUUUCCCCAUUCACAAGUGCCUAUCGCAGAAAUGGGAUGACUUUUCUAGCCUGCUAACAUGGAUGUGAUUGCAGCAACAGGAAAGGCAGUGUUAUAUUAAGGUGAUUUCUUCUCCCCUUCAUGAAGGAAAAAAAAAAAAAUCAAGUUCCCUUCUCUCUGUAUAUCAGCGAGUGGGCUGGUUUGUUGUGACUAUCGACUGACUGACUGUGGCUCUUUUUCUGCCCCCUCAAUCGUUAUUCUUGUUUACUAGCUGGAACGUUCCGCUAAUUAAUGGCAGGAUGUUUGGGAUAGUGUGUAGGUGGACAAGAAUGCAGAUCACACAAUUUUGAAAUUUGGCAUGGAUUUUCCUGCUGUUGGCCAAAGUAGCUAAAGUGCAACCUCAUUUAUGUUUGUAGUCUUAUAUGCUUCCGUGAUUCAUCUGGUAAUCCAUGUUUGGGACAAAGCAACAAGAGAGCAAGGAGGGCCAUAUAGCUCUUACUGCAGUUCUCUGAAUUUAUUUUGUCACAUCUUGGUUUAUUUUUUAAGACAACUAUUCGUAUUUCAAAUAGGAAGAGUAAAACCUCCAGUCAUCCAGAGGGGAUUUUUCCGUCUUGGCCUUUUUAUUUCUUUCUUCCUUCCCCAUCUCUCCGUUUUUCUUUUCUGUAUUCCUUUCCUCUAUCCCCUGCAGCUUGGCUUUUUCCUCACAGACAUUUAGUCUCCCUCAGUCCUCCAGGCAGGACACCAGUUCUCCAUCAGCCAAGACAGAUGUAAGGUAGAGGAGCCAUGCUGAAAUCAAAUUCCAGGUCUCUCGGGUAAGAGAGCACUGUACCCAGCCUGGUUGGAUUAUAUCCGUUUCCGAUGUUCUCAACUGUGUUGGAUGAUUUCUCUGUCUAUGUGUAGAUUUAACCUAAGCCAACACUGAUAUUUGUGGGGACCAUAUUCAUUUUUGUCUUUGGGAAUUUCAAUGGCAAUGGAAAGUCAUUUCCCCAAGUCUGCAUUUUUCAUAAUUUUUCAUUAAGAUUGUCCUCUACUCCCCCUUUUCAAAGAUUAUGAAGAUUAUUAUUUCAGCCAGAAGUAAACUAUGUGUAAUUUUCUCCUUGUGACCAAACACCUGUGAACUCCUGUAAAUACUAUCACUCCGUAUUGUUCCAUUUAGUGACCAUUUUUUUAAAUCAUUUUUACCUGUAAUGUGUUGAUCCUUUGGAGUUAAUUUGAAUGUCACGUACUGAGGUGUGUAUUAUAGUAUUUUUUUAUGGGGUUUGGCGUUACAUCUGUUUUGUUUGGCAUGGAUUUUCAUGUAUGAUUAAACCUAUCUUUGUAUCAUCAUUCUUAUUUUUGGCAUUCUUAAAUAUAGAAAAGUACUAACUGGCUGUAAACAUCCCAACUUUAAAAAAAAAAGUCAUUUAUUGCAUUUGGUUUCAAUC